CCAGGCGGCGGCAGGGAGAUGCGGCUCCUGGCGCUGGCGUUGGCGGCGCUCCUGGCGCAGGCUCCGGCCCCGGAGGUCUGCGGGGCUCUCAAUGUCACCGUGUCCCCAGGGCCCGUGGUGGACUACCUAGAAGGAGAAAAUGCCACUCUGCUCUGCCAUGUCUCCCAGAAGAGGCGCAAGGACAGCCUCCUGGCUGUGCGCUGGCUCUUUGCACGCUCUGACUCCCAAGAGACCUUGAUGGUGAAGAUGACCAAACUCCAGGUGGUGCAAUAUUAUGGGAACUUUAGUCGCAGUGCCAAUCGGCAGAGACUGCGCCUGCUGGAGGAGCGACGGGGGGCACUCUACCGGCUGUCUGUCCUGACCCUCCGGCCAUCGGAUCAAGGACAGUAUGUCUGCAAAGUGCAGGAGAUCAGCAAGUACAAGAACAAGUGGAAGGCCUGGUCUAAUGGAUCUUCAACAACAGAAAUGAGAGUGUUUUCCCUCAAAGCUUCAGAAGAUUCAUCCUUUGAGAAGAAGCAAAAGACCUGGGCAGUGUUUGAAGAUCUCUAUGUGUGCGCUGUCCUCGUGUGCUGUGUGGGCAUCCUCAGCGUUCUGCUCUUCACCCUGGUCAUCUUCUGCCAGUCUGUGUUUCACAAGAGGAAAUCCCGAGUGAGACAUUAUUUGGUGAAAUGCCCUCAGAACAGCUCGGGGGAGACGGUCACCAGUGUGACCAGCUUGGCCCCACUGCAGCCCAAAAAGGGCAAGAGGCGGAAGGAGAAGGCCGAUGUCCCCCCUGCAGUCCCUGCCAAAGCUCCAAUAGUUGCCACGUUCCACAAACCAAAGCUGCUGAAGCCACAGAAGAGAGUCACCCUGCCAAAGAUUGCUGAAGAAAACCUGACCUACGCGGAGCUCGAGCUGGUCAAACCACACCAGAUGCCUAAAGGCGUGCCCACCAGCACCGUGUAUGCACAGAUCCUCUUUGAGGAGAACAAGCUGUAGCUCCGCCCCCAGUUAUUUAUGAAGCCCCAGAAACAAAGCCCCUAUUUUUGUAUUUUCACUCGUGCCUUCUGUGCAGUGGGGAGCCCCUUCCCGGCUGCAUUUCAGUGCCUUCCAAGAGGUACGAGGCUGCUUCCCCGCGGAAGAGGGGUCCCAGCCCUUGGACAAACCUCUCACGACGUGCAGGCCCUAGGCUGACCCUCGGGUCCAAGAACUCUGCUCCGAGAGCACCGGAGGACUUUGCUGAGCCAUCUUCUUCACCCUCUUGUCUUCUUUCCCUGGGUUUUAAUUGGUUCAAAUCUUUUU